CUCCCUCCGCCCCCCUUUCGCUCGCCUGCCCGUCUCCUCCCCACAAACACACAGUCCGCAUCCCCAUCCCCGUUCCCAAGUCCCAACCCAACCGGCGACCACGCGCCUCCCUCUCCCUCAAAACCCUAGCCUCCCAUCCUCUCCGCGCGUGCCCUCCCCACCCGCCGGUGCCGCCGGCUCGCCCCCCGCUCGGAUCGCGCGGUGCCCGCGCCGCCGCCGCCACGCUCGAAACCCUAGCCCACUCCCCCCAUCCCUCCCCACCCUCACGCUUGGAUCCACCAUGGCCGAGAGGAAGCUGGAUCGAUUCGCGGCGCUCGGAAAAGAUGGGUUGUCGCUCGGGAUCGAGGAGGAUAGGACCGCCGCCGCCGCCAUGGGUUUCAUCGACGAAUCCAAAGAUCAGCAGCACCUGGAGAACAGCAUUCCCCUGUCCCCUCAGUGGCUUUACGCCAAACCCAGCGAUGCCAAGAUUUCACUGCCUCAUGGGUCCUUGCUUGACCCUGCUGAGAAGGAUGUGAGAAUGCUGGAAGGCGCUGGGGAUAAGAAAGAACGCCGUCGAAAUGCAUUUGAUGCUGACAGCAGUCUCCGCUGGCUUGAGGAGGAGAGGGAGACGAGCUUGCUUGGGAGGAGGGACCGCAAGAAGGAAGUGGACCGGGAUAUGGAGAACCGUAAAAAUGAUCGCCGGUCCGACAAUGUUUCUGCAAGGGACAACAACGAUUCACGGGCGCCUCCUACAUCUGAAAGGUGGAAUGAUGGCUCCACCCGGAAUUCAGGGAGUGAACCUAGGCGUGAUGGGAAAUGGUCAUUAAGAUGGGGACCUGAUGACAAGGAGAAGGACCCGAGACCAGAGAAGAAGGUUGAUGCAGAAAAGGAUGAAACUCAUGCUGAGAAACAGGCAUUUCCUGGAAGACUGCUACCCGAAUCAGACUCCCGUGAUAAAUGGAGACCUCGUCACCGGCAGGAGACUCAGACUGGUGGUACUGGCACAGCAACAUACCGUGCUGCUCCAGGAUUUGGAUUGGAGAAAGGACGUGUCAAGGAAUCCAAUGCUGGUUUUGCCCCUGGAAGAGGCAGGGCAAACCCCAACUCAGUUCCACCCUUCAGCCGUCCAUCGUCUGCUGGACCAAUUGGUGCUCCACCUGUGUAUGGGAAGCGUGCGGCAACUGCUGCUUCUUUUCGCUACCCAAGGGGUAAACUUCUUGACAUAUACAGGCAACAAAAGGUUGUUCAGUCCUUUGACGAUGGCCGCCGAAUGCUGGAGGAAGUUCCUUCCAUAACACUCUCUACAUCUGUUAAGCCACUAGCCUUUGUCACCCCUGAUAACAAAGAAGAGGCUAUUUUGGAAGAUAUCAGGAAGGGCAGGGUCAUCAGCAGUGAAGCGACAAAUGCAACUGCACUCCAAAAGGAAAGGAAAAAAGAGCUUGAAGCUUGUGGUAUUGAUGACAACAAGGAUAAAGGAGCUCCAGCAUUUAGUGGGUUAAGUCAUGAAGGAUCUGGUGCUUUAAUAUCGGAGAAGGAUGCAUUUUACAAUGAAGGGAUGUUCGCAGGUGGUAUUACAGGUCAACUGAAGAAUCGUACUGAGGAAAAUGCUCCCAGUAAUCCACAUGGACUUUCUGGCAUCAGGGAAGACACAAAGUUUGACGAGGCCAACUCAAGUGCUGAUAUCGAUCUUAGCACAAAGCUAUCUGACGAUUCAAAUACUCAGUUUAAUGUAAAUGUUGACCAUCCUACUGGCCAGGCUAGUUACACAGACACAAAAUCUAGUGGCCAGGAUAGUUAUCCAGAGGAGCUGACCCUAUACUAUCUGGAUCCUCAAGGUGGUGUGCAGGGUCCAUUCAUGGGUACUGAUAUAGUGUCCUGGUAUGAAGAUGGAUAUUUUGGUUUGGAGCUACCUGUUCGUCUAUCUCAGGCUCCAGAUGAAGCUCCUUUUCGCCCACUUUCUGAACUCAUGCCUUAUCUUGGACAUAAGCCCCAAGCUGUCCCACCUGUAACCAGUGUUGGAAGUGUUGAAUCUUCGGAUUCUGUACAUAACAAUUUUGAAGAUGCACUACCUACUUCUGGUUCUUUUGGGAAGAGUGAUGAGACAUCUAAGGGGGACUCAGAAAAUUAUGGAGUCAAUCCUAAAAGAGGUGACCAGGAAGCACCAGCACAGUCACGUGCUAGUUGGUUCCCUUCAGCUGAGCCAGAAAAGGUUGAAGCAAACCUAGAUAUCCGUCAGCAGCGCAUUCCGGAAACUGUUAGUCAUGAUGCUGAAGAGGUGCUGUACACUGGGAAGCCUAAUAGCAGCAUGGGUCAAUCUCGGCAGGAUUUUGAUAAUGACCGUGCAGAUUUCCAGUUGACGUCACUUGAUUCCCGUUCUGGGGUGGGUGAAGCUAAUUUGCCCAAGCAUGAUGCUCCUAGAGAGAAUGAGCUCAGUCCUCUUGGCUUACUUUGGUCUGAGCUGGAAGGUAUGCAUCCUAAGCAGCCUCUCUCAUCAAAUGUGGUUGGUGUAAAUGAGCGGAGAAACCCCAAACCUACAGGCCCCAAGGACAUUCCACCUGCAAAUAUCAGACAUGGUCCGCUCAGCAGGAUGAAUGAAGCCCCUGUUGCGCGUGAUGGGUGGCCUGCUAAUCUUGGUCGGAUGGACAGCAUGAAUGAUGCAAACAUUUCAGGUCUAAUUCCCCAGGUUGAACCUGAGCUAGGACAUCUGAAUUUUGAGGAGCAAAUGCUACUUACUCAGAUUCGAAGGGAGCAACUGCAGCAGGAACAAAUGAUGGCUCGUAACAAUCUGGAGUUUCCUGGACAAUUUGCAGGGCAUGGGUUUGAUUCAUUGCACCAUCACCGACAGUCAAUGAAUCCGCCGGCUCCUGAGGUGGACCAUCUUCUGAGAGUACAGUUUGAACUUGAACAUCAGCAGCGUCGCCAACAGCAACAGCUUCAGCAGGAGCAGCACCGCCAGCAGCUUCAGCAAGAGCAGCACCGCCAGCAGCUUCAGCAAGAGCAGCACCGCCAGCAGCUUCAGCAAGAGCAGCAUCAAAGGCAGCUGCAGCAGCGCCAAGCUCAGCUGCUGCAACAGCAACAGCAGCAACAACAACAACUGAUUCUUGAACAAAUGCUGCAGCAACAGUUGCAGAGUUCAAACUUUGGACAAGCUAACAUUGAUCAAGUGUUACUUCGGGAACAGUUACUGAAUGACUUGCAUCACCAACCCCAUCAUUUUCAAAGGGAGCAUGAUGCAGCUAUCGAGCAAAUCAUUCAAGCAAAAUAUGGGCAUGGAAUUCACAGGGAGCAACACAAUGACAUGCUAGAUGUUCUGUCACGCUCAAACCAGAGGCAAGUGCUUCCUAUGGAGCAGCAAAUUCUUUUGGGUCUGCAUCACGAUCAGCUCCAAACACAACAAUUGGCCAAUGCUAUACGACAACAUGUCGGCAGGGAGGAAGAAAGGCAUUUAAGUGGGGUCUGGCCAAUGGAUGACCCUGGCCAAUUUAUCCGCCCAGGAACUAGUCCAAAUCAAGCUUCUAGACUUGGUCAAUUUGAUCUUCUGCAGUCCCUUCAGAGGUCCUCAUCUGUGGAGCAUCAUGACCAUCUCGAAAGAAACCUUUCUUUGCAGGAACGAUUGCACAGGGGAGCUCAAGGUAUUCAUUCCCUAGAGCGGUCUGGCUCUUUGCCUGGUGGUGCUCCUUUACCUAAUCCAGAUCUUGUUGCCCUAGCACGUCAUCAUGGCCUUAGUCAGUUAGAAACACACGGCGAUUUAUAUUCUGCAGGCCAAAUGCCUAUGCAUGCCUCAGGGGUUCAUCCCCAGCAGCACAGACUUCAGGAGCAGCUGUCUGGUUCUCACAUGGGAAGACUGGAAAGGAACUGGUCAGAUGCCAAUGGGCAAUUGCAAAAUAGCCUGAUGGAAGCUUCGCGCAUCAACCAGUUGCAAAUUGAAGCAGAGAAGCAGAGGAGGAAAGUUGAAAUGAACCUUCCCAUUGACAACCCACAUGCAUGGGCAUCACUUAUGAGCAACGAGAGGAACCCAGAAACUGAUUUGAGUGAUAUGAUUCAUCAAAAACUGGUUCUUCAAGCACAGCAAUCUCGUGGUUUCCCUGAUGUUCCAGUGGCGGCAUCUUUUGGACGUAAAGACCCUUCUUCACUCUUUGCACAACCUGCUGCAGAUAACCCUUUAAGAUCACCUGUUGAUAGGUUAUCUUUUGAUGAUCCACUUGCAGACAGGUCACAUUUCGCAAAAAUGGGGCACUUGGGACAGGAUGGACCAACCAGUCUAGAUAGUUUACCAAACAACAUUGAGAUGAACCGAAAACUGGGCGUCAGAUCAAGCUCUGCAACAAUGCUUGAUAUUCAAAGGGGAGAAUACCCAGAUGUGAUGGGUGGCAGUUUAUCCACUAACCAAUUGGUUGGGAAUGCCAAUGAUGUAGCCAGGAGGAAAAGGCAGGGUUCUAGUGCGAACUUGGCAGUGGAGGACACUGAUUUUUCUGAAGCGGUCAACAACUGGGCUGAUACUGGCAUUUCUAAAGGAAGCUCCCAUUCCUUGCUAAAGCGCACAACAAACCAGCACAUCGCUACAUCUCAGGCAGCGUCAACGGACCUGCCUUCUGCCGUUAGGUCGAAGAAGGCAGGCCAUAUUUCUUCUGCAUCUUCUGAUGAGCAUAAGUUGGAAUCAGGAGUCACGUCAGGAGCAAAUGCUGUGGAUGCCCCUGCUUCAGCCAACAAAGAGACCUUUGGCAAUCAGGAUGCUUCUGGUCCUUCGUUCAGUGAAAUGCUCAAGAGCACAAAGAAGCCUCCCUUGCAGUACGACGCCUCUGAAUCCACGGACGGCGGUCCUGGUGGUAAGGGUGCGAAGAAGAAAGCAAAGAAAGGCAAGCAGAUAGACCCUUCACUUCUCGGCUUCAAGGUGCACAGCAACCGCAUCUUGAUGGGUGAGAUCCACCGCCCUGACGACUAACGUCCUUGGGUCCAGCCAUUUUGUGUACAUGCUCACCUCUGUCUGUAGUAGACUCUGCACAAGUUUUUUGGUAACAAACAUUUCCAGUGGAGGCCGUGUCUCCUCCCUUUAGUUCUUUCCCAUUAGUCUUAGGAUACCAAAUCAGCCAGAAUCUCAAGUUGAAAAUUAGGGAGGGCUUUGUUUUUUGUGUGUAUCUGCGCCCUCGAGUUUAUACAACAAGAUACAGUUGUACAGGACACCGAAAUCAUCGGCAUGUAUGUCUGUGAUCUCCUUGCACAGUGCAUGGAAGUAUCAUCUGAAGUUCUCAGUUCA